CCAAAACGCAGGGGUAUAACAAUAAAUCGAAACCUAUCGCUUUAAAUGUUCAAUCUCUCAUACAUCUGAGAUCAUAAAUCGUUGGGUAGUGGACUAUUAACACCUGGCUGCGUAUUCGCGGUUUACUCUUCCUUCUAUUGCUAAUCAAAAUUACUAUAUAACCCAUUCUGUCUACAUAGAUAGGUCCUUCACACGCACUUAAUAUUGUUUACCAAAGAAAUGGUGAUGGAGAAGCCGAGUCCCCUGCUUGUAGGGCGGGAGUUUGUGAGGCAGUAUUACACGCUUUUGAACAAGGCGCCUGACUUCCUUCACAGGUUCUACGGGAGGAACUCUUCCUAUGUUCACGGAGGUCUCGACCCAAGCGGGAAGCUGGCUGAAGCGGUGUGCGGGCAAGCGGAAAUCCACAAGAAAGUGAUGUCCCUGCAGUUCAGUGAAUGCCACACAAAGAUCAGGCACGUGGACGCUCACGCCACGCUCAGCGACGGCGUGGUGGUGCAGGUUCUCGGAGAGCUCUCCAACAAUGGGCAGCCAAUGCGGAAGUUCAUGCAGACAUUCGUGCUGGCCCCGGAGGGUUCAGUGGCCAACAAGUUCUACGUACACAAUGACAUCUUCCGCUAUGAGGACGAAGUAUUUUGCGACUCGGAAGCCGAACUCGACGAGGAAUCAGAGGAGGAAGUGGAAGAGGAGCCAGAAGAGAGGCAGGCAUCCCCCGAGCCUCUGCAAGAGAGCCCCAACAGCGCUACCUACUACGAGCCUCACCCUGUCGCUAACGGAGUGGAGGAACCCAUGGAGGAACCGGCUCCCGAACCAGAAAUGGAGCCGGAGCCAGAGCCCAAAGUAGAGGAGAUCAAACCCGAAGUGGAUGAGAAGGUUCUAGAAGAAAUGGAGGAAAAAGCUCCCUCGCCAGUCCCGGUGGAAUCUCCGCCUCACGCGCAGGAGCCACCCAAGACCUUCUCAUGGGCGUCUGUGACCAGCAAGAACUUGCCUCCUCCCGGAGGCGCUUCUGGAAUCUCACCCCAUGUUGUCAAAGCUCCGAGCUCACAGGCCCGAGUGGAAGCCAAGCCAGAAACACAGGCGAUGCCGCUGCGACCCAGAGACCAGCGUACCCGUGACAGACCCACCUUCCCCCCACGGGGUCCUCGACCCGACGAGAGACCAUCUGAGUCACAAAUGGGAAAACCGCACCUGAGUUUUGUCAACAAAGGCGGCAGAGGUGAUGGCGAAUCCGGCGAAAUGGACGUGAGGCGAACCGUGCGCUACCCUGACAGUCACCAGCUCUUCGUGGGCAACCUCCUGCACGACAUCGAUGAGAGCGAGCUCAAAGACUUCUUUAUGACCUACGGGACGGUGGUAGAACUGCGCAUCAACACCAAGGCCGUCAGCGGAAAGCUCCCCAACUUUGGAUUUGUGGUGUUUGACAACUCUGAUCCGGUGCAGAAAAUCCUUGAGGCGAAGGUAGACGGGCCCAUCAUGUUCCGAGGCGAAGUGCGUCUGAACGUGGAGGAGAAGAAGACCAGGGCGGCGCGUGAGCGAGAGAGCCGGGCCGCCGGCAACGACGACCGCCGGGACAUGCGGCGCAACGACCGAGGGCCGGGCGGCCCGCGCGGCAUCAUGGGAAGCGGUAUGAUGCGGGACCGCGACGGCAGGGGACCGCCGCCCCGGGGCGGAAUGGCUCCCAAGCCGGGCUCCGGUAGGGGCUCGGCCGGAAUCGGCGAAGGUCGCUUCAACACCCAGCGCCGCUGAGGUGCCACCAUUCAACAAAUCUACAUGUAUAAACGUACAUAUUUUGGUUGUUUCAAUUUUUUUUGGUUCCCUCUUUGCUUUGGAAAUGUGACACGCCCUGUCCAGCUAUUUAGUUAAGAACCAAGGCCCUUUUUCCCCUGCUCCCCACUUUCCAUUUUUGCUCUGGCAAAAAAUAAAUCACAAACUUACGGUUUGUACAUGCUGGGGAAGCAACCAGGAGUCAUCUUGUGCCACAUUCGGAUGAACUGACAGACUUAACUACCGUUUAAAAUGGAUUAAAAAAAAAAACAACAAAAAAACAGCCCAUUAUUCCGGAGAAGAGAUUAUCUGCCUUGACUUAACCUUCCAUUGCACAUUUUCUAUGCUCGUUACUGUUGGAAGAUGCAAAAGUUCCCAGGGAAAACCUGCCUUUUUCCCCUCCCAGUUUUUCCCAAGAGACUACUGCUUCAAAAUUAACACCAAUAUGAACUUAAUGGAUUUUUUUUUAAGCAACAUGACAAACGGGGCAGGCCUCGCUGCUGUGACCAAUAUCAAACCCAAAUUUCCAUUUUACUGCUGGAUGGACAAGAAUUUUGCCUCGUUUCUAAAUAAAUAAUCCAGGUUGUUCACCAAAUGACAGUACGUUUGGACGGCGGUCAAAGAGUGAAGAUAAGAGUGGCACUCUUUUUGUUUUUGUUUUUCAUUCCAACUCUUUUUUUUUUUUUUUUUGGUUUU